AUGGCGGCCGUAUCUGCAGCUGGGCUUCCUCCCAAUUCGACAGUAUAUGUCAAGAAUUUAGACGAACGAAUCAAAAUUGAUCAGUUGAAAGAGGCGCUGGAGGAGCUUUUCUCGGAAUAUGGCACCAUUAUAGAGAUCGUCGCAAAGACGAACCUCAAGGCCAAGGGCCAGGCCUUCGUUGUCUUCGACAGCGUUGACGCCGCAACCCGCGCGAUUGAGGAAAUGAACGGUUUCGAUAUUUUCGCCAAGCCUAUGGUGCUGGACUACGCGAAGACAAGGAGUGAUGCAACUGUUCAACGGGAAGGCGGCAACGAUGAGCUCGAGGCUCACAAGCGGAGACGCCUAGCUGAGAAAGAGCGCAAGCAAGCCCAGGAGGCCCUCGAAGCACAGAAGAAGCUCAAGCGUCCUGCUGCCGCUGCCGAAGCCGCUCGUCCGGCCAAGACCACCAAAGGUGCCGGUCUCAAGCCUACCUCCGGUGCUGCGACUGCCGUCGUUCCCGACGAGUACCUCCCACCCAACAAGAUUUUGUUCCUGCGGGAGUUGCCCGACGAUGCAAGCGAGGAGAGUCUCUCUGCUAUCUUUGGCCGUUUCGAGGGAUUCCAGGAAGUCAGAUUGGUGCCUGGUCGCAAGGGAAUUGCCUUCGUCGAGUACGAGGCCGAGACUGGAGCAAUCAGCGCGAAGGAGGCUACGUCGGGGAUGCCCAUGGGCGACCAAGGCAAGCCCAUUCGCGUUACCUACCAGCGACAGUAG